AAUGUCGUGUGAAAAAAAAAAAAAAAACCGGUUAAUCAAGAAUACACCCUUUAAAAUUUUAAACAUUCCCCAUUCUAGGUUUUCAUUGGUCGUUCGAUUCUACCCGGUUUCACACCUAAACCGUUGGUAUAAAAAAGCGCGCAAACCCCGCCAGCUGUUACUUUUAGCGCAAAAAUGGAUCAUAAUAUCUACGGAAAGUUUGAUGUUAUCAACCAAAAGAAAAAAGAUGGUUCUACAGAACCAACAUUAUCCACUAAGUUGAAUAGCCAGAUCAGUCUGUCUGUGAAUGUCUUUAACGGAGUUGUGUACGUUCACAUAAACAAGAGGGAGAAAAAGUAUUAUCUCCCAUUAACGUUAGACGAAUACCAGGACUUAACAGACCUACGAAUAACCUUGGAGGACAGUCUACAUUUGAUUAGUCAGGCUCAGAAACCAGAAGAUACGAUACCAACUGAAGCUGGUAAAAAAAGGGACGAGCAAAAGGGUGCAACAGAUGUGAGACACGUGGUGGAAAGAAGAAUGCACCCGUACCGUCAGACUAACCCGCCUGGAGCGAUCCAGACAUAUGCAGACGAAUUUGAUCAAUAUCUGAACGGACAACAAUUUUAAUAAUCACCCGAUAGAUAUUGGCUUCUUUUUGAAAUAUUAUGUAAACUUCUAAAUCCUUAUAAGACAUAAUUCAGAGUCUAUGCUACUGUCGCUGAACAGUGACUUUAAAUCAGAGUGAUCUCUCUUCGGGCAGUCAUUUGUUAAACUUGCAGCAAUAGUGACGUCUCUUCAACUAUGUAUCAAAAACGUGUCGUUAAGUCAGUCAUAGAUUCAAAUGGAGAUGUAUUAUUUAGAGAUAGAUCGUACUAUUCAAAUAGUCUCUGUUUUAUUAGUAUAUUAUUCGGGUGUCAUGAAGUAGACAUCUGUCGAUCCGUCAUCUAUCG